AGCCAAGCCCCUCCCUCCUCCCCCGACGUCGCGAGCUCCUCGGAGUCUACGGCUUCCUCCACGUCCUACAUCGUGAUAGCGAGCCGGUCAGUGUGGUCGGCAGAGGAGCACAGGCGCUUCCUCGAGGCCCUCUCCCUGUACGGCCGGGCAGGGAGAGGCACGGGGAGGCAGGCGGGGAGGGCGGGGGUGGGGCUGGGGCGGGGGACGGCGGCGAAGAUGGCAGCGUACAUCGGGACGAAGACGAGCGAGCAAGUACGGUCACACGCGCAGAAGCACUACGAGAAG